CUAACGUAGCGCCCGACCAUCCUUCGACACUCGACCGUUCACCUGUUACAGUAUCUGCCUUGAACUUCACCGUCUCGCAUCUGCUGCUGCUGCUGGUGCUGACGCUGACGCUGUGCGGGUGCGGGUGCAUGCUGCGUCGCGCAUGUCCAGGCCGCCUCCACGUACCAUCUGUCCGCAGCCAUCGAUAUCGAGCAGCGUUCCUGCUUCUACAAUACGAAGCCACGCUACCGAACGCUUGAACCACUCGCUCCAGCCCGACGCUCGCCCGGCCCAGCAUGGACUCUUCCGACGAGAAGAACAUCAAGUCGGCCUCAGGCGAGUAUUCGCAGGACUCGCCCGGCCUCCCCGAAUAUGGCACGCAAAUGGACCACCACCGCCCCUGGAAGGCGAGACUCGUCGACAGCUUCAAGCGCGAUCCUAACGCGCACGCCACGCCGAAAGGCGUCGUAGGCUCCGAUGGACGAGUCUUUGAUGUCGAGGGUGCCGCCGCUGCCACCGCCGAGUCGCCCUUGCAGCGCCAUCUGAAGGGCCGACAUCUCCAGAUGAUUGCCAUCGGUGGCUCCAUCGGUACUGGUCUCUUCGUUGGCUCUGGCUCUGCUCUGGCAACCGGUGGCCCAGCAUCGCUCAUCAUCGCAUUCAUGCUUGUCGGCAUUAUGCUGUACUGCACCGUACAUGCCCUUGGAGAGAUGGCCGUUCUGUUUCCCGUCGCCGGUUCUUUCUCGGCAUAUUCCACUCGAUUCCUGGACCCUGCUUGGGGCUUUGCCAUGGGCUGGAACUACGCCAUGCAAUGGCUGGUUGUUUUGCCCUUGGAAAUCGUGGCCGCGACCAUCACCAUUGAAUACUGGAGUGACAAAUCCAUCAACAACGACGCUUGGGUUGCCAUCUUCCUGGUCUUGAUCAUUGUCAUCAACUUGUUUGGAGUCAAGGGUUACGGCGAGGCUGAGUUCGUUUUCGCCAUCGUCAAGGUCAUUGCCAUUGUCGGAUACAUCCUCCUGGGCAUCAUUCUGAAUUGCGGUGGCGCUCCUGGCAACUACGGUGACGACAUUUACCAGUACUCUUCGGCAUAUCGGAACGUCGAUAAGGGUGGCUACAUCGGAGGGCAGUUUUGGUCAAACCCAGGUGCCUUCAAUCAUGGCUUCAAGGGCCUUUGCUCCGUCUUCGUCACCGCCGCAUUCGCCUUCGCUGGUACUGAGCUUGUCGGUCUUGCCGCCGCCGAAACUGCAAAUCCAAGGAAGUCUCUGCCAACCGCGGUCAAGCAGGUCUUCUGGCGUAUCACUCUCUUCUACAUUGUCUCGCUGACAUUGGUCGGUCUUCUCGUUCCUUACGAUGACACUCGUCUCAUCAACGGCAGCUCCAGCGCAGACGCAAAGGCAUCUCCAUUCGUCAUUUCAAUCAUCAACGCAGGAAUCACCGGUCUUCCCUCCGUCUUCAACGUUGUUAUCAUGAUUGCUGUGCUUUCCGUCGGUAAUUCAUCCAUCUACGGCAGCUCCCGAACCAUGGCGGCUCUUGCAGACCAGAACCAAGCUCCGAAAAUCCUGGGAUAUAUCGAUCGCAAAGGGCGUCCAAUCGCAUCCAUCGCUGUCGCUUCGGUACUCGGCCUUCUAGCGUUCUUCGCUGGAUCAGACAAGCAGCAAGACGCUUUCAACUGGAUGCUGGCCCUUUCCGGCCUCUCAUCUAUCUUCACUUGGGGCAGUAUCUGUCUUGCACACAUUCGUUUCCGAUCAGGCUGGAAGAAGCAAGGCCACAGCUUGGAUGAGCUGGCCUUUCGCUCUCAACCAGGUGUCAUUGGCUCGUGGAUCGGCUUUAUCUUCAACUGCCUCGUGCUUGUCGGGCAGUUCUGGGUCGGUAUCUGGCCGAUCGACUAUAAAGAACUUGGCCCUUCUGGACAGGUGGAGAAUUUCUUCCAGCUGUAUCUCGCCGCGCCAAUUGUUAUCGUCUUCUACAUUGUGUACAAGAUUUGGUACAGGACGCCGUUCAUUCGGACGCAUAACAUGGAUCUCCACACCGGUAUCCGAGAUCUAAAUAUCGCAGAGCUCAUAGAAGAAGAGAAAGCAGAACGCGCCACAUGGCCAGCGUGGAAGCGUGUAUACAAGUUGUUUUGCUAAAGCAUCUAUCGUCAUGGGUAAACGGCUGUUCUCUUGAAUAUGCAUCGCGAGGGAUAUACCAAGGAUUCACGGACGGACGGGAACAGAAACGGCCUUGGACAGACACACGCAUGAGGUGAUGAAGGAACUCGUGCAAGUAAAGUAGAUGUUAAGAUGGCUUUCUCCCCGGAUGCAUUCAUCUUUUUUUCUGAGCGAAAGCAUGGCUAGCAUAUGUAUGUAUAUAUGAACUUGUAUCGAUAUGUGAUGAAAAACUUGC